AUGGCAAGAAGGUACUGUUACAACGAUGUUGCUCCAUUAAUAGCCAUGGUUACAGCAGUAUGCACAAAUGAAGGUGCAAACAUCUUGUUCAAAGAAGCAACUCCAAAGGGUAUGAAUCAAUAUAUCUUCAUCACAUAUUCUUACGUUGUUGCAGCUCUUGUUCUUCUCCCUUUAUCCUUUAUAAGAGCAACGGUUCCCUUAUUGAAAUAUUUCUACCUUGGCUCUAGAUUGUUCCUUCUUGGGCUUAUUGGGUUUUUAGCUCAAAUAUGUGCAUACAAAGGUAUAGCUUAUAGCUCCCCAACUCUAGCUUCUGCAAUGAGCAAUCUGGGACCAGCUUUUACCUUCAUACUUGCUGUGCUUUUCAGGAAUAUUAGGCAUUGCUCAGCGACCAUGGCAGAGAUAUGGAGCAUUCUGGAUGGACUCCAAAUUGCAUGGAGUCUUGACAUGAAGAAUGUGAUCCUUGAGACAGAUAGUAAAAAAGUUAUUCAAGAAAUUCAAGCAACCGGAGAGAAAUAG